UAAUUAGUUUUUGAAAUACCCUGUGUUCUGUUUAUCAUUGACGUAAAUAGAAUUACGCCCUUUUGUGAUAUUCGAAAUCGUUUUGUUGUUGUCUCACCAUUCAAUCAUCAAGGUAGUGGAUUUUAAAAGCCAAGAUAAAAUUGUGUAUCACUCCUGUGCAAUAUUCCAACUUUUAUCACUGAAACAUUCUAAAUGAAAACGGAAGUUGAUUUCGAAUCAGUAUGUUUAGACAAACUAUCGAUAUCCUACACUUGCCGCACUUGUCUUGCCACUGACACAGGCCAACAGUUGACUUCAAUUUUUGACUCUGGAUUACUCGAAGAUGAAUCUCCCAUAGAUUAUUUUGAACUAUUGCUACUGCUAAAUCAGAAGAUUACUAGAGAUGAUGGUUAUCCAGCUAAUCUUUGUGGCAUCUGCCUGGACCGUUUGUUGGCUCUCCAUGCUUUCCAAAAGCAAUGUCAAAUGGUUCAAAACUAUCUGGAAGAGAACUUUGUUAAAUUUACCGAUGGACACGAAAGUAAACCGGAUAUUGGCGAAAUUACAAGCGACGUGAAACUCUUAGAUCUGGAUCUAGAUACCCAGUUCAAAGUGGAAUCAUCGGAAUCAGUUGAUCCAGCAGAUCUAACAUCUCAAGAGCCCAAUGUGGACGAAAUUGAGUCUGAUACAGACUCGGACAUGGAUCCGAUCUGGGAAGCUCCGGCGGAUGAUACAUCAGAGGAUGAAAAAUUAAUCGACUUGAAAAAUAGAAUUAAGGAAGACAAGAUCACAUGCCAGAUAUGUGAGAAAACAUUCACAACCGUGGCCAAUAGAAACAAUCAUAUGUAUUUGCACAGCGACAAGAGAACAUUCAAGUGUGAUCAAUGCGACAUGUCGUUCAAAUGUAAAAUAUAUCUGCGCAAGCAUAGAAAGAGAGUUCAUACAGUGGGCGACCACGUUUGUGCCGAAUGUGGAAUGAAGUUCACCAAAACAUCCAAGUAUGAGUACCAUUUGAAAACUCAUGAGCCGGAGAAGAAGUAUAAAUGUCGGUUUUGUGACAAAUCCUUCAUUCAACAUUACCAUAGAAAAAGUCACGAACAAACCCAUCACUUGGAAAAACCAGAAAAACCAGAAAAACCAACGUGUUUGUGUAACAUUUGCGGCAAAAGUUUCAAACACGAAAGUAGUCUCAAAAAACACAUUCAAAUAAGCCACGAUGAAAGCAAAAAGGAAGUAAAGAAGUUUCAAUGCGAUAUCUGCAAGAAAGAAUUCAUACAGAAAGGUAGUCUAAAAUCGCACAUUGCAGCUCAUAAUAAUGUUCGAGCCUAUCAGUGUGAGCAGUGCGGUAGAAAAUUCACUCAAGCAGGGACCCUUAUCAAACAUUUGGAGCUUCAUAACGCUGAGAAGUCGCACCAGUGUGAAUUUUGCCAUGAGUCCUUCCUGCGAAUUCGAUAUCUACGACGACACCGCCUGUUGAUUCACGGAAAAACCGAUGUGAGCGUGAAAAUUGAACGAUCGUUGGACGAUACUGAAAGCAGCGAACAGAUACAAGUGAAACGAGAAGAGCCGAAAUCCUCGAAAAGACGGAGAGAUUUGUCAUACGGUUGUGAGUUAUGCAAUCGAACGUUCAAACUACCAUCCAGUUUGGCAGCCCACGUAAAAACCCACAGCGAGGAGCGCAAAUUCGCUUGCAAUGAUUGCGGCAAUUCAUUCAAGAAGCUUGAACAUUUGAAGAACCACAUCAACGGAGUACAUCUGAAGCUGGCGCAUAACUGUGUGGUCUGCAACAAAUCGUUUGCCCGGGUAGGCGACCGAAACGUUCACAUGCGUUCCCACGCGGAAGAGAAGCCGCACCAGUGUUCGUAUUGUGGCAGAGGUUUCCAUUUGGCCAAGGCACUCCGGGCCCAUACCCGGCAGCAUACCGGAGAAAGACCAUUCGUGUGCAUUAUUUGCAAUGCCGGCUUCACUUGUCACAAAACUCUAACAUCUCAUACUCGGAAGCAGCAUGCAGGUGAACAGAUUCUUUCCAAAGUUGACGAAAUAGCACAAGCGGUGCUAUCUGCGCCACAAACUGAGGCGAACGGUUCUUCAAUGUCGAUCGUCAUCCAUUCCCUUUCCUUCAUUCACUUCAUCUCGUUCACGAGACCACCCGCGUGCGGAACCAGAUACAUUCACACCACAAUAUUAUCCAUCAUCAUCAUCAUCAUCAUUGAGCUCUCGCCGAGCGGUGUCACGAAUACAUGCGCAAAUUUGCUGGUUGAAAACCCAUUAACUACGGCUCCGUGUACCUAA